UAUUUCAUUAGAACUCUUAACACGUACAGAACCUUACAACUAGUACUCAGACUUACGUUUUCGAUUUUGUAAAACACAAAAUAAAAUUGUAAUCAUUGAGCAAUUUCGAGCUCGACAGUCAAAAAAUGUUGCGAAAUAAAAACCCGUGAUCGAAUAUAUAAAUAUAACAACAAAAUAAUUAAUACAUACUGUGAGAUAAAAUUUGUGAUUCAAAUAUAUGUUUAUAUAUACCUAAUUGUAUUUGUCCUCUUCCAGUUUGUUAUAUAAUGAGGUUAAUGUCGGGUAACGAUACGCAUUGAACUUGUAUCUUCAUCGCGUCGGUCAGUGUAUAAAUUAAUUAGAGUGGGUCGCCUCUCUAUAUCGUGUGCUCUAAUUAUUUUUAGUAAAAAUGUAUAGAAAAUAUAUAUUUAUUUUCACUGUGGUGUUCCAAAUAUGUUUAAGUUAUAGUGCUGUAGCUAAGACAAAACGUGUUUGUGUAGUCGGUGCUGGUAUAGCAGGCAUUUCUGCAGCCAGAUAUUUGAAGGAAGAAGGGAUUGAGUUCACGGUCUACGAGUCCACUCAAUAUGUCGGCGGUACGUGGAGGUUCGACCCUCGAGUGGGCACUGACGAGAACGGUCUGCCUCUACACACUAGUAUGUACAAAAACUUAAGAACAAAUUUACCGAAACCUACAAUGGAACUCAGAGGGUUUCCGUUACCAGAACACCUCCCGUCUUUCCCCAGUUGGCGAGACUACUACCAGUACCUGCAAGACUAUGCUAAACAUUUCAAUGUACUCGAUCGUAUUAAGUUCUUACACAAUGUACUCCUAGUUAGAAGAGUGGGGGACGUGUGGCGAGUCAAACAUCAACACGUUCGAACCAACGAGACGUUUGAAGAUGAAUUCGAUUACGUUAUAAUAGGAAAUGGACAUUUCAGCAAACCGAAUAUGCCUAACAUACCUGGAGAAGAUCGUUUUAAAGGCAAAAUAAUUCACAGUCACGACUAUAAAGAGCCAGAACCGUACAGAAAUCGUCGUGUCCUGGUUGUUGGGGCCGGUCCCUCUGGCAUGGACAUUGGCCUCGAUGUAGCCGAAGUUGCUAAGACCUUAAUCCAUAGUCAUCACUCCAAGAUCAACUUCACCACGCCAUUCCCCCCACACUACCAUAAGAAACCUGACAUUCAGGAGUUUAUUGAAACUGGUGUCAUAUUCAAAGAUGGAAGUUAUGAAGAGAUUGAUGAUGUCAUUUAUUGUACUGGUUUCCAGUAUGACAUUCCAUUCCUAGACGAGUCCAGUGGCUUGACUUUGAGCCCCAAAAGCAUAGUGCCCCUGUACAGGUACAUGGUGAACAUCAACCAGCCUUCCAUGAUCCUCAUGGGUUUGAUCGUCAGGGCGUGUUUGGUGGUCGCGUUGGACGCUCAGGCACGUUACGCUACCGCCAUAGUGAAGGGAAACUUCACUCUCCCGCCGCAAGAGGAGAUGAUGCAGGAGUGGCAGAAGAGGAUGAACGCUAUCCGGUCUAAGGGACUGCCGUCCUCAUACAUACAUGUUCUUGCUGAGAAAGAGGACCAAUACUACGCUGAGCUGUCAGAAGAGUCUGGCAUCCAGCGAGUACCGCCAGUGAUGUUCAAGAUCCGCACCCAGGACAUGCAGGCGAAGCUGGACAACUUGUACACAUACAGGAACUACGUGUACACUGUCAUCGAUGACGAGAACUUUGUACGACAUGUUGAAGACCCGGCUGUUAGGAGAGGGUUACGUCUAUAGUACCUACAUCAACACUAUAGUAGCUAAUUACUCGCGGUCACAUAAUGAGACUGCCUUGGCUUUGGACAGCCAGACUUAGUUUUAAUGUUACUUUACAAGCUUUAAAGGAUAAAAGAUUAGGCCGAAUCCACCCUUUCCCGCAUUCCCGAUCCUCAAAUAGGGAAUAUGCAGACAAUUUUUUUAUUUUUUGAAAUAAGUGCACGUAUGCAUAAAAACAGAUUUACUAGCUUAAAAAUGCCAUGUUUGACAAUAAUUACCUUGCAGCUUUUACUCCUUUAACCUCAGCAGAUGUAAAAUCUGGGUUUGACGCAAAAUAUGUGGUCAUCAUAAAUGCAUCUAUUUUUGGAAGAUUAUCCGACUGUGCUUUCACAAAACCGUUGUCCGUCAUUGCUAUUGAUGACGCUUAAUAUUUCUUGAUAUUUAUAUUUUAGAAAACUAAGCUAGUAUAGCAAUACAACCAAUUUCUCUCAAAGUUCUCAAACACAAGCUGUACCUCUACCAUGAGUUGACACUUUGACAGACAGUUGAGUUGGUACACGUGACUGACUGACAGGACGAUAAUGUGCCCUAUGACGUCACGAGGCGUUUUACAAAUUUGAAUUACGCGCGUAAAUUUUUCACUUUUUGAUUUAUGUUUUAAAUAAUUAAAUGCAUAUUAAAUCAGGAAAUAACGAAUUGAGUGUAAUACUACGACCUUAAAAGCUUAGGGAAAAAAAAUCAGGCCAUUUUAUUUUUUAUGCAUAUUCCCUAUUCCCAAAUUUUUAUAACAUCAAUUAUCGUGAGACAUGCUAAAUUAACUAAAAAUCGGUUUACUCACGUACAUUAUUGGAGAAAAGCUCUAGUUUGGAGUCACAGAGAGCCUACUGUCACAGCGCAGAGUAGGCGAGGUCGCCGCGAUUGCGAAGAGUUAGUCGUGAUUUUUAAUUACCUCCUCUGGUGUUGUGGGUGUUUAUGACCGCCGCCGAUUGCUUACCAACAAAUGUCUGCUCGUUUUUCCCCGCUUUACCCCAAAAAAGAUUAACUUAUUUUAAGCUAUGUACUUACAUACACUGUAGUUUAAGACACAGAGUUUUAAUGUAAAAUAAGCUCUAAUUCUAAUAAAAAUAAAAAUGUAUUUGCCUUGAUACAAGAGAUUCAUAAUUUAUAUUUCACGAUAAAAAAUAUUAUAUUAGAAUUAUAUAGUAUUGUAUGUAAAAAUACCUACAUAGAAGUGCACUUAAUUCACAACCAAUGUACAAAUUAAAUAAUUAAUAAUUUAUUUUUUAUAAUACAUUAAUUAAGUACAA